CACCUUCCCUGAAACUGGUUUCCUUGUUUGCUCCUGAAGACCCACAGACUACAGCAAGAAUUUCAUUCAGCAAGAGCAGACGUUUCAGGCUUACGGAGACAUCUGGCAAUAAAACUCUCCCGCUCGCUGAUAUGUCCACACCGCUGGAGGAUGCGAUGGACACCUUGAUCAGGAUUUUCCAUCACUACUCAGGCAAAGAAGGAGACAGAUACAAGCUCAGUAAAGGAGAACUCAAGGAGCUCCUCACCAGCGAGCUCACUGACUUCCUUUCAGGCCAAAAGGACCCCUUUCUGAUUGAUAAGAUUAUGAAAGAUCUGGACUCCAAUAAAGACAAUGAGGUGGAUUUUAAUGAAUUUGUCAUUCUGGUUGCUGCUUUGACUGUAGCAUGUAAUGAUUACUUCGAAGAACAGCUAAAGAAAGAAGGAUUUUAA